AAAUUCUGACAUUUUUAGAAAAAAAUAUUUUAAGCUCGGCCAUUGCGCCGCCAUUUCCGGUGAACGAAAGAAAAGAAACUGAAAAUUGAAUUUUGGCAGACAUCUUUAUAAAAAGUGAAAACUUCCGUGAAAAUUUCAGGACAUUUUUAUUCCAAUAGUUGUAAUCGGAAAAAAAUAUCUUCGUCCUAGGGCAUUAUUCUGUAUCUCGAUGCGAAAGUAAAUUCUAUUCGAAUUUAAUAUUCGUCUCGAAUGUGUUUUAGCAUUCUGUAAAAAAAUCGAAUUAAGUUUAUAAAUAUGCGAAAGUUGUACCAGUAUUUUCGAAUGCUAAAUGUCAAAAUAAAAUGAAAUAAGUUUAAAUUUAUUUGAAAAAUAUGGAUUCCGUUGCAUUGUGGAUGGAGGGCGAGGAAAUUAUUGAGGAAAGGAUUACGAGAAGAUAUAUAAGAAAUGAAUUUAAUAUUAUGGAAUUAAUUUAAUUUGUUAUGUACAUAUGUAUUAUGUUCGGUUAUAAACUGUUUUUGCAUUUGGGAUUAUAGCUUCAUACAAAACUUUAGACUUUCUAAAGGAAGCCUUUGAUUAUGCCUUAAGAGGCAUAACUGAAGAACUAACGGUACCUAUAAGAUCCACGGCAGUAAAUCCAGCUAUAAAACUUGCUGCUAUUUUAAAAUUCCUUGGUCAAGAGGGCUAUCAACAUCAAAUAUGGCAAGACCGGUUUGCAGGGUUAGCACAGAUCACCACAUCUAAAUGUAUUGCAGAAGUUUUGAAUGCUAUUGAAAAAACAAUGUAUCCGAAACACAUAAAAUUUGAAAUGAGCUCACAAGAAAAGCGUGAAGCUAAGAAUUAUUUUUAUUUAAAAUUCGGAUUACCAGGAAUAAUCGGUGCUGUUGAUGGAACUCACAUUCAGAUGGUUAGACCAGUAAAAGAUGAGCAUCUCUUUUUUAAUCGAAAGCUAAAGCAUAGCAUCAAUGCUAUGGUGAUUUGUGACCAUAACAUGUAUAGUAUAAGAGCUGUAAAUGGAGUUUAUGGUGGAGCAGUGCAUGAUGCCCACGUAUGCCUUUCAAACGAACGACAAUACAUGCUAUCCAACUAUCAAAAUGGAGAUAAAUCUUCAUGGUUAAUUGGUGAUUCUGGAUAUCCAUUAGAGCCAUGGCUCCUUACGCCUUACCGCAAUGCAGAAGAAAAUUCACUUGAAAGUUUGUACAAUGAAAAAUUUACAAAAGCAAGAUCAAUAAUCGAGCGUGUAUUUGGAAUUUUAAAAAGUCGUUUUCGAUGCCUUCUUGCUGGAAGAGAGCUUCGCUAUGCACCAAAAAAAGUUGUUAAAAUUUUGAACGUUUGUUGUGCCCUGCAUAACAUGUGCCUCAUAUACAACGUUGCAGCACCAACAGUAAUUGAAACUAAUGAAGAACGAUCUAAUUUGGCUUUACCCAACGUAGAUCAAAAGGAGUUUUCACGAAUUGCGCAAACAAUACGAGACCGAAUUAAAAUAAGCUUGCGUUCGUAA